AUGAUGACGCCCACACCACCUUCGAACACGCCCUCCUCAGGGCCGCGCUCCCCCGACCAACACCGGGUUGUGCGCAAACGGAACAGAGUGCCGCUGAGCUGCUAUCCAUGUCGGUCCAGGAAGCUGAAAUGCGACCGGACUCACCCAUGCAGCAACUGCGUGAAGCGGGAAGGUGUCGACACUCUGGCUUGCUCCUAUGCGACUCCCUCCAACCGCAAGAGGAACCAGAACCAGCAGGGCAAUGGCCCUGACGACAUGCAGAACCGCAUUGACCGGCUGGAAGGCUUGGUCUUGUCCCUGAUGCAUGGCGGCGCCACCAUCUCCUCAGAAGCCGCAGCGGCCGCCGGGGCCGUCACAGCCAGCAGCAGCAGUACGAAAUCAUCAGGGCCCGGCGGCAACUCAGCAACCCCCAAUUCUUCGUCUGCAGGGGUCGGCCAGGAUGACGGAGAAAUGAGAGACGAUGAAGAGGAGGACAGUGAUAUCGAUGACGGGCUGGCCAACUCCCUCGGUGUGCUCAAGGUGGACCCCGACAGGGGAAAGUCUAUGUACAUUGGGCAGGAACACUGGCACACCAUUCUUGCCGACAUCUCCGAGGUCAAGAAUUACUUCAACAACCACAAGAAGGAUCUCGAGAAGAGCUAUGAGAAGGUGCUCCUGAGCAAACCGGCGUACGCUCGGAACGGGCCAACAUUUUUGAUGGGUGCUGCCCCAGCGACGGACGUCGAACUGAGGGCAGAAUUGCCUCCCAAAUCGGCGGUAUUGACACUCUGUGCUCGGUACUUCAAUUCCAUGGACAAUGCGGUCAACAUCAUCCAUGCCCCUACCUUCCACCAGCAGCUGCGCGCGCACUGGCAGGACCCGAGCAAGACGCCGCUCAUGUGGCUAGGCUUGCUGUAUUCCAUCCUGUGCCUGGCAAUGUUGAGCUAUCACAAGGUCGGGGAUGAGCCGCCUGAGUGGAAAGGCAGGACUCUUGAGCUGGCCGCUGAAUAUCGGUUGCGGACCGUGCAGUGCCUCAUCACCGCGGACUACACCAAACCGAGCGAGUACACUGUGGAGACCAUGCUUCUCUAUGUCUUCGGGGAAUUCUCGUCGAGGUGGGACGCGGACCUGUCACUGUGGCUUAUUUGCUCCUUGGUGACCCGCGUGGCAUUUCGAAUGGGUUUCCACAGAGACGCCAAAUGGUUUCCAUCGCUCACACCAUUCCAAGCUGAAAUGAGAAGGCGAACAUGGGCUCUGGUGAGAAUGUCUGAUGUUGUCUUUUCACAUCAGGUUUCUCUUCCGAGUAUGAUCUACGAUCAGGACUGUGAUACGCAAUUGCCACAUAACAUCUUUGACGAAGAAUUUGGCCCAGACACCAAAGUACUUCCACCAUCUCGGCCAAGCAGUGAGCCGACCCCUGUCAGCUACAUGAUUGUCAAGGUCAAGCUCUGCCUGGAGCUGGGGAACAUACUGCAGGUGACAAACCGGGUUGGGAAGCAGGCAGCAUACGACGACAUCCUGAGGUUUGACGCCAGGCUGCGGGAACUCAGAGACGAGAUCCCUCCGCAUCUGAAGAUGCAGCCUCUGGAGGGGUGUAACGACCCUCUCACCAUGAUCGUCGCGAGGUUCAACGUCGAUAUCUUGUACCUGAAGAUAGUAUGUCUUUUGCAUCGGAAAUACCUGGCACGUUCGAGGCACAACCCCAGAUACGCGCACUCCAGGCGAAGUGCUAUAGAGGCGUCGCUGGAGAUGCUACGGCACCUGAUCAGCCUGCACCGGGAGUCACAACCCAAUGGUCGGCUGCGGGCGAUCAAAUGGUUUGUUGCAUCAAUAGCGACAAAGGAGUUCCUCCUGCCCACAAUGCUGGUGAUUCUCGACUUGCAUUUUGACAAGCAGACGGAUGGCGCCGGCCGGUGGCGACAAGACUCGCUCUCGGCGAAUUUCUGGACUCCGGAGCAGCGCCUAGAGAUGGUGCGCAGUCUCGAAACGACGCGAGACAUAUGGGAGGGCAUGACGGAUGGGUCGAUGGAGGCAGUCAAGGCCUACAACAUCAUCAAGAUUAUGCUUGAUCAGACCAAGAGCCCCGGGCCGGAAAGCCAGCCCAGCAACGCGCCGUCGGCCGUUCCCCAACAGGCCCCGGCCCCGACAAAGGACGACCUGUUUUCCAACGUAGGCGGUGCCAGUCUGGAGCCGGAGCAGUCGGCGGCCAUGACCCUGGGCAUGAUGUCCUCUGGCGGGCUGACGCCCGAUACGGCGGCUGCCUUUGGGGGCGCCAUACAGAGCCCCGGGGGGACGACAUACCCAGGAAUGGACCUGUCGGUACCCCCGGUUGGCGAGGGGACAGGCAUGACACCCGACUUCUCGGGUGAUCUGGGACUGAACCCCGGGUCGCCCUUUUCGUCCAUGUUCGGCAACGGCAUGGACAUAGGGCAGAAUUUCGACUGGGAUGCACUGCAAAAUUAUACGGAAAACACCAAUUGGGGAACUGAGAACCAGUUUCAGACGUUCUUUGGGGGCGAUACGAGCAACAUGGGCCAGGGUCGGAGCGGUCCCUCACCCGGCAGCGGGGACGGGUUCUCGUUCAGCACGCCUGGGAGCAGCUCGAAAUAG